GGGAAAGCAUCAGCACUCUGCACACAUCUCAUUGUCCCAAAGCCUGGAAAGAGAAGAGUCACUGGACAGAUCUACUCGCUUUAAAAUAAAAUAUUUCCUCCCCCGCUGUCGCUUUUUAACCCGCACUUAUCUCUCAGCCAGCCAUGAAGGGUAGUGUGAGCGUGGAUCUGCAGCAGCUUUAACUGAGCGACACCUGCGCUCACCCUUAUUCUCUGUUCCCCCUCUCUCCCUUUUGUCUCGUACAUCUCUGCAACUCCCGGCCAGCAGCGCAGGAGAGGAGAGGAAGGAAGAGGAGCGGGGUGUACCUGACACCCGCAGCCCGCAGAAACAGCCCGGACCUGCCGCCCUGAGAGUUUCAGUUUAACCGGCGCUUUGUGCCGUUUGAACGGGGCACACACUGAAAACUCUUUCAGAUCUAGCAAUACGCCGAAGAAAUCAGCUCUGUUUCUGGGUUUUCUAAGAGAGGAGAAGGAGAAAAUAUCUGAAGGUCUGAAGAUGUGCCUCUCUUUGCUUCUGUGUGCUGUAGUGGGUUUAUGUGCGGCUCCGGGCUCGGUAUCCGGGGCAGACAGGAGCUGCGGGGACCUGCGGCAGUUCUACACCGGCAAGGGGUUCACUCUGGAGGGAGUCCCGCAAACUGAGAUUUCAGGUGAACAUCUGAGGAUGUGUCCUCAGGGUCCGACUUGCUGCACCAGCACCAUGGAGGAAAACCUGGCCAGUCUGAGCGCCCAAGAGACAGAGGGACUGAUCAGAGAGGCCGGCAGGUCCCUGCAGGCUUCUUUUAACUCUCUCCACAGGAGCUUUGACAUCUAUUUCACAGAGCUACAUGGGCGGUCUGAACGCUCGCUGCAGGAGGUGCUGUCUUCCCUCGGCCCCCUGUACUCCCAGAACACCCGUCUGUUUGCAGAGCUCUACACUGACCUGCGUCAGUACUAUCGGGGCUCCGCUCUCAACCUAGACGAGAACCUGUCCGACUUUUGGUCCCGGCUGUUGGAGCGAACAUUUAAAGCAUCUGCUCCCACAGAUGUUACCCUGUCAGAGGAUUACUUCGAAUGUGUUGCUAAGCAGCAGGAGACGCUUCGGCCAUUCGGAGACAUUCCUCGGGAUAUGAAAACAAAGGUGAUCCGGUCUUUUGUCACUGCCAGGUCGUUCGUCCAGGGACUGUUAGUCAGCGCAGAUGUAGUCAAGAAGGUCUCACAGGUGUCUCUUGCUGAGGAGUGCACGAAAGCCUUAAUGAAGCUCAUUUACUGUCCUCACUGCCGUGGCUUGGCCUCCGUCAAACCCUGCUCAAACUACUGCUCAAAUGUCAUGAAGGGCUGCCUGGCCAACCAAGCUGACCUGGAUCCAGUGUGGCAGGAGCUCAUAGACACAAUGAUCCAAGUGGCAUCCAGUUUCAGCACAGAACCUAGUCUCGAUGUGGUUCUGUCUUCCAUCCCUAUGCGAAUCUAUCAAGCUGUGCACUACCUGCAGGAAAACAUGGACACAUUUACAGCUAAAGUGUUCCAAACAUGUGGAACUCCAGGUGAACCAGGAACGGGUAGUCCAACCACCCACGAGCAAAAGAAAAAGAGCGGCUCGCUGACUGCAUUGGAACACAAACCCUCCCCAACGGCUGGACUCAGAAUGGAAAUCCAGGUGUCAGAACUUUCCAGUAAGCUGAGGGAGAUGCGUCAGUACUGGGUCCAGCUCCCUGUAGCGCUGUGCAGCAAAGUGGCAGCUGGGAGCAACAGUCAGGAUAAUUGCUGGAACGGCAUUACCAAAGCCAGGUACCUUCCCGGGGUGAUGGGUGACGGUUUGGCAAAUCAGAUCAACAACCCAGAAGUCGAUCUUGACAUCACAAAGCCAAUCAUGAAAAUUCGGCAGCAGAUAAUGCAACUCAAAAUAAUGAGCAACAGGCUAAAAGAUGCACUGGAAGGCAAUGAUGUGGAUUUUCAGGAUGCAAGUGAGGAUAUCAGCGGCUCAGGAAGUGGGAUGUGUUUGAGCGGUCAGUGUGCUCGGAGCAGACCGGGACUAUACGCAUACGCACCAGAGACGAACCCAGUCGGAGGAGCAGCCACAGUUUACAUCAGCGUCUGUAACCUCCCACUGCUGCUCCCAUUUACUAUCCUGCUGCUCCAGCGAUGAUGGACCUCCUUUGCCACCACUUUGAAUAAAGCUCUGAGGGGCCCGAAGACUAAACCAUGGGGAAUGGGGUUGAAUGGGAGGAAGAGUGGAACGUAUCUUUGCCAAAAAGACAUUAUGUGGAAUGGAUGAACAUUUUCCUUGACUUAAGGGAAUGAAAAUUGAACAUAGUCUUUACUUUACCUUGCUGAGCUUAAAUGUGUUUUAUUUUGAAUGUGAAUUAGUGUGUGGUCAGUGGAUCUUUUGAUGAGGAUGUUUGAAAGAAGACGGUGACAACAAUGGAAGCUCAUUAUGAGGAAGAUGUCUGUGUAGCUCCAGUUUCCAGCCAGCAGGUGACCUUAUCUGUGGUGCAUUCUCCAAGGUUGAUUUUAUGUUAUUCAAGUUUGUCUGACUUAAGCGAACCGUGUACGCUGUAAAUGUUUGUGUACAUUUCCUUAAAGACUGGCACCAUACUGAGCCAUGAAUGUACAACAUGAUACUCUACUGGCAGUGAAAUCCACAUUAUCUGUGAUGUAGUGGCCCAGAUAUGUUAUUUGGUACAUUCAGUUUAAAAUAAUGCAGAAAAACCAUUGCACUCUUGAAAUGUCUGAGUUGUUGUGAUUGCAUUAGUUUACUUCAAAACAGGAAAGGAAAUGUCCACUUUUUCAUGGCUUAUUACCUUUGUAAAUGAGAGAAUAGCCCCCUCAAAGCCUCCAAUAAACAAGCGCACACAAGUAUUUUCUAGAUAUUGCUUAUUGAAGGCGAGGAAUUGCGAAAUAUCCUGUAUCCAGUUUCCACAAAGAUAACAUAAGGAUUGAACAAAUGAAUGAAAAAAGCUACAUUACUGCAAGAAAAUAGUUCUUAAUGAAUGCAUUUCUGAGGUAAUUAACUGAUCUUUAAAGUGGAUGAUUAACUAGUACAAUAAACCAAAUGUACUGCACACAUUACUGUACAACACUAAGGUUUUGUGCUGAUUUGUCUUGCUAACAAAAAGAAAAGGUUUUGAGUUUCUCAAGCUGCCGGGGUUUGUGUAUAUACAGAACUUUUGCAAGAUUCCCUCUACAUUUGACUGGUGAAAAUAUUGUUUACCUUGGCAUGCCUUUUUUUUAAGUCUACACUACUUUCCUGAAACAAACAGGCCUAUUUACACAAAUAGCUGCAGUGUUACCUUCACACAUAUCCAGUCUGGGACUCUGUAUUGGGCGGAUUUUUAAUCAUCAGUGUAUUUAAUCACAUGUUUCAUCCAUUAAACUCUGGUUGAUUGUAGCAGA